GAGCUCCAGCGGCGGCGACAGCAGCCGCACCGCGGCGCUGACAACUUUCCGGCCUGCGUGCGCCUCUCUUCCCCGGGGAAACCAUGGCUCUGAGCCGCGUAGAGAGGCUCCAGGUGUGGCUCUUCAAGGCGCUGACGGGGCUCCUCUUCGCGCUCUUCCGCUUCUUCUCCCCGCGCGGGUCCGCCGCGCUGUCCGGGAAGAGGCUCCCGCCCGUCGGCCACCCGCUGCUGCUCGAGUCGGCGACGCAGCUCGCCCGGAAGAUCCGGCGGAAAGAGGUGUCCAGUGUGGAGGUGGUGCAAGCUUACAUCGACAGGAUCCAGGAGGUUAACCCUUUCCUGAAUGCAGUCAUCAAAGACAGGUUUGCCGCGGCGCUCCAGGAGGCCGCUCAGGUGGACAAGCUGAUUGAGGAGGAGACGGGCGGCGAGGACAUCCUGGAGGACCGCCUCCCCUUCCUGGGCGUCCCCCUGUCUGUCAAAGAGUCCUUCUCCCUGCAGGGCAUGCCCUUCGCCACCGGGCUGGUCUCCAGGCGGGGGGUCGUGGCCACGGUGGACGCCCCGCCGGUGGCGCUGCUGAAGAGAGCGGGCGCCAUCCCCAUGGGCGUCACCAACACCAGCGAGCUGUGCAGGUGGAUGGAGUCGCACAACCACCUGCACGGCGUCACCAACAACCCGUACGACCUGGAGAGGAUCCCCGGCGGCAGCUCAGGGGGGGAGGGCAGCAUCCUGGGGGCGGCAGGCGCCGUCAUCGGCGUGGGCUCCGACAUCGGCGGCAGCAUCCGGAUGCCCUGCUUCUUCAACGGGAUCUUCGGACAUAAAACCACUCCAGGCGUCGUCUCCCAUGACAACCAGCACCCGCAGUUCUCCGGCCGGCAGGAGGAGUACGUCAGCACCGGGCCCAUGUGCCGCUACGCCGAGGACCUGCUGCCCAUGCUGAGGAUCAUGGCCGGGCCCAAAGCCAGCAUGCUGUCGCUGGACGCCGAGGUGGACCUGAAGAAGCUGCGGUUCUUCACCAUCCCUCACGACGGCGGCUCGCCGUUCACCAGCCCGGUCAGCCGGGAGCUCAUCGACGCCCAGAGGAAGGUGGCGGAGCGUCUGGAGGCCGACCUCGGCGUGGAGGUCAGGGAAGUGCGGCUCCCAGAGCUUCGCUAUGGCUUCCCCAUCUGGGACACCUACAUCACUCUCCGAGACAACGACGGAAAGCCUCCGCGGCCGUUCGCCGAGCUGAUGGGUGACUCGGGGCCCCCAGCGUGGCCCCUGUGGGAGCUGCUCAAGUGGCUGGUGGGGCGGUCGGAGCACACCAUGGCCGCCAUUGGCCUGGCCCUGAUGGAGAGGACCCACCACUCCAAACCAGCGCCCUUCAUCAUCCAGCAGAAGGAGAAGCUGCAGAGGGAGGUGGAGGAGCUGCUGGGGACGGACGGCGUCUUCCUUUACCCGUCUCACCCCCGGGUGGCGCCCAGACACCACCACCCGCUCUUCAGGCCCUUUGACUUCGUCUACACAGGCAUCAUCAGCAUCCUGGGGCUGCCGGUUACCCAGUGUCCCCUGGGGCUGGGGGAGGAGGGGCUGCCCCUGGGCGUGCAGGUGGUCGCCGGGAGGCUGCAGGACCACCUGAGCCUGGCGGUGGCGCUGUACCUGGAGAAGACGUUCGGCGGCUGGAGGGAGCCUGGAGGGAAGCCGUGACCGCAGCGCCGCCGCCGCCCGUUAAACUGUGUUUGCACUAUGGAGGAAUCCGUCCCAUCAGUCCAGUGUGAUUCGUUUAUUUUCAAGUGAGGAAAAGCUUUAAAAAUGUACAUUAUUUUUAAUUUCUAAUAAUUAAGCCAAUAAAAGAAAAACAAUGAAGUUUGUCAUCUGGU